CGUCAUCUGUUUGAACUGCACAGCCUGGCUGGAUUUUAACCAGAGCUGCAGAAAAACGUGUUGCACAAAAUCAAGGAGACUUUGAACCUCAGUUUUGACAAUUUAGACAACUUAUUUCUGUCUAAAAAAAAAACACACACAGUGUUAAAAGCAAAAAUGAACAUUGAGUUUGCACCACGUUCUAUCCCUUUGGAAAGAAGGUUACAAACUGCUGCGGUCGUUCAAUGGGUUUAUUCCUUCCUGGCUCUUGCCCAGACUUGCAUCAUUAUUUAUAUCGGCCUGCUCUUCACACGCUUCUGGAUAAUCAGCGUAUUAUAUGGAGUGUGGUGGUUUUUAGAUUGGGACACGCCCAGUAAGGGUGGGAGAAGGAGUCAGUUACUUAGGAGAAGUGUUGUCUGGAGAUACGUGAGAGAUUAUUUCCCUGUCAAACUCAUAAAAACAGCAGACUUAGAUCCAGGUCAGAACUAUAUAGUUGGCUUUCACCCUCAUGGCAUCCUUGUGGCUGGCGCUUUCACUAAUUUUUGCACUGAGGCAACGGGAUUUCAAGAAUUGUUUCCAGGGAUUACACCGUACCUGCUUAUGCUGCCACUCUGGUUCCGCGCACCCUUCUUCAGAGACUAUAUAAUGAGUGGAGGGCUUAUUCCAUCUGACAAAGACAGUGCUUCUUAUUUGCUGAAGAGCAAGGAGGGUGGGAACGCCAUAGUCAUCGCAGUCGGCGGAGCACCAGAAUCAUUGGAUGCGCGGCCUGGAGCAUUCAGUAUUCUGCUGAAAAACAGAAAAGGAUUUAUCAGACUUGCAAUGCAACAUGGGGCCUCAUUAGUUCCUUGUUUUUCAUUUGGGGAAAAUGAGCUUUUUGACCAGGUUGAAAAUCCAAAGGGCACAUGGUUAAGGGCUAUUCAGGAGCGGCUGCAGAAGAUCAUGGGCGUUGCCCUUCCUCUGUUUCACGCACGUGGUGUUUUUCAGUACAGCUUUGGUCUGUUACCCUACAGGAAGCCCAUCAAUACUAUAGUUGGGAAGCCAAUCAAACUGAAAAAGAAUCACAACCCCUCAGAGGAGGAAGUUGACAGAAUGCACGGCGUCUAUAUUGAAGAGCUCUGCAAACUGUUUGAGGAGCAUAAAACCAAAUACAAUGUCCCAGCUGACAGACACCUAACGUUUAUAUAAAAGGAAAUGUGUGAAUAAAUUGUACCGUUGUUUAUAUUACUAAUGUUUUUGUAUUUGCAGUCCCAUAUGCAAUCAUGAUUUAUAAUCAAAUCAGAAUUGUUAGCUCUUUAAUGGCAAUAAGAAAAAGGCUGCAUUUCAAUUGGUGAAUUACAGUAAUGAAUAUUAACUCUGAAAGGACAUUACAAUUAUAGCGAUCUUGAUAUGUUUUAAAAUCAGGUCUAGAAUCUAGCACUCCUAUUACAAGUUGAUACGCGCAAAAGGCGAAGUUAGAAUAUCGAGUUAACUUAUUCCCCCGAAGAAGUCAAUGGAGCAAAAAAGUGGGGAAAAAACCAAACACCCAUUGCAUAUUUUCAAGUGUGUUAACCUGACAUAAAAUAUUAAUAUUUCACAUUCCAAUGUU